UCCCCUCCACACGCAGCGUUGUGCGCGCUCUCAGACUGUCUAUGUGAUGGACGUGGGGAAGCGCAGAUUAAUUUCUUCAGACUUUGGACGUACAGAAUGAUUAAUUUUGCCGAGAAGCCGAGCGAAACAACUUUUCUCAUUUACUGAGGAAAUUAGAUUGGCUUACAGCACCUUUCAACAAGACCAAAGGAAUUCACAGAACAAUUCUUGCCACUCAAGAACAUGUUACUCUGAACGGGUGCAGCUGGUGGCACGUAGGUCUGAAAGAAUGGCCUACCCUGGUUCUGGUUGGAUGAGGGCCCAGCUUUAAGAUGUAUGGCCCCUGGUACCUGUCUCAGAGAUGAAGAGCACCCCCACCAUCUUCCUCCUCACUCUAGCUGUCCUGUGCAGAGCUGAGAGUGUGAGUGGGAAGACGGUGAAGGACACAGUGCAAGAAUGGAACCGGUAUCGGAAGGAGUGCAUCACGAAGAUAAGCUCACAACCCACCCCCUCAGAUGGAGUUCCCAACACAACUGUGAAAGUGCCGUGCCCCUGGUAUCUGCCUUGGUAUGAUCAAGUGCAUAAUGGGUUUGUGUCACGGGAAUGUGGUCCAGAUGGCCAGUGGCUCACCGUCAACGACAGCCGCACAUGGAGAGACCACUCACAAUGCAAUGCAGAUGACAACCAGGAGAAACAGGAGAAUCAGAUGAUGAUCUUGGCCUAUUUCAGAGUGAUGUACACCGUUGGUUACUCUCUGUCCCUGGCCAGCCUGUCUUUAGCCCUUGUUAUACUUCUCCUAUUCAGGAAGCUCCGCUGCACACGUAAUUACAUCCACACCAAUCUGUUUGCCUCUUUCAUCCUGCGAGCUGUGUCCAUCCUCACGAGAGAUGCACUACUCAUGAAAGACGCUCCUGAGUUCAGGGACAACAAAGAUCUUUCGAUCGUUCUGAGCGACCAGGUGAUGUCAGGCUGCCGUGUGGCUCAGGUCCUGAUGCAAUACUGUGUUGGGGCAAACUACUAUUGGCUACUGGUAGAAGGUCUAUAUCUUCACAACCUGCUGGUGCUGAUGGUCUUCUCAGAGAACAGCUACUUCUGUGUAUACCUCUUCAUCGGCUGGGGAACACCUGUGCUCUUUGUGGUGCCUUGGAUAGUUGUCCGUUACCUUUAUGAGAACACCAGGUGCUGGGAGAUCAACGAAAAUAUGGCAUAUUGGUGGAUCAUCCGAACGCCAAUCCUUUUGGCGAUUUUAGUGAACUUUUUUAUAUUUAUAAGGAUUAUUCAGAUCCUCGUCUCCAAAUUAAAAGCACAUCAGAUGAGAUAUACAGAUUAUAAAUUUAGGUUAGCCAAGUCCACGCUGACCCUCAUCCCCCUGUUAGGGAUUCAUGAGGUGGUGUUUGCUGUGAUGACAGAGGAACAGACUGAGGGCGUGCUUCGCAAUGUCAACCUGUUCUUUGAACUCUUCUUCAAUUCUUUUCAGGGUUUUCUGGUAGCCAUAUUAUACUGCUUUGUCAACAAAGAGGUACAGUCCGAAAUCAAAAAGAAAUGGCAGCGAUGGAAAUUGGGUAUAAGCAUUUUGGAGGACCAGCGUAAUACAGGUAGCAACACACAGCAGGGAGGGGCAGGUCCUCAGUGUCACCACGACCAAGCCUGCUCUCCAGACUGCCCUCUGGACAGUGGCAGCCAACCGUCCUCGGACCAAACGCCCACAGCCACCCAACUGCCUGUUCAGCAUCAUUACCAUCCCGGAGCAAAGAAAGGCAAGGCGUACUGCUACAUCUCUGCCCGAAAGCAGGUUCUGAACGGCCUGGAUGUGCCAGCAUUACCCCAGUGUGCCGGAGAGGGAGCAGUGACGUUUUCUGAGAGCUACUGUUGAACCAUGUGGACUGGACAAACAAAGCCAGAUAUCAUGGAGUGUCCCACUGUUUCUAACUCUCAGAGGGAUAUUACUACAUCACGUUUCUCACAUUACGCCUGGCAACCCCCUUUAUUUGUGUUUUUCUUAUUUAACACUAUACCUCAUUUUGGACACUAAAUUAUGUAUAGUUAUGUGCCAACAUUGUGGACCAACUCAAAGAAUGCCUACUUUUAAGUCAUUUAUAUUUAUGAUUGCAUGAGGAUUAUCUGUUCAAAGUCCACAGGUAAGACACACAAACAUCACCUGGCCUGGAAAAUCACCAAAAUAGCUAUUGGUAUGUUAACCCCCCAAAUUUUUUUGGACGCUUAAAACACAUAUCCAAUACCAUUUAAGAAUUUGAAGUCAGUAAGAUUUGUAAGAAAUUAUUUCUUUCAUUCAGUAAGAAUACAUUAAAUUGAUCACAAAUGACAGUAAAGACUUUUACAAAAUUACAGAUAAUGCUGUUUCAAAUAAAUGCUUCUCCUAUUCAUCAUGGCAUGUUGAAAAAGCACAGUUUCUAAUAUUAAGCAGAACUACAGUUUUCGGUAUAGAUAAUAAUAAGAAAUGGAUAUUAGAAUGAUUUCUGAAGGACAAUGUGACACUAAAGACUGGAGUAGUGCUGCUGAAAAUUCAGCUUUACCAUCACAGGAAUACAUUACUUUUUAAAAUAUAUUCAAAUAUGAAACUGGUAUUUUAAUGUGAUAAUAGUUUACAAAUUUAAUGCUUUUACUGUAUUUAUGAAUAAAACAUUCUGCCUCUGUGAGCAUUAGAGACUUCGAAAAAAUGUUGAAAGGUAGUACAUCAUAACUGCAUAUGCUACUUGGUUUUAUACUUUAUUUAAUGCAAAGUGUUUCAUUUUUUUAUGCAGUUUAAGAGCCCCAAAUACUUUUUGGGGAGACUGUAUGUACAUACUGUAUAAGCACCAAUAAUAUAUAUAUAUUUUUUUUCCCAUGAAAAGCAAAUCUGUUUUAGACUUCGGUUCCCUUGAUGUUGUCACAUCCUCACCCUGAUUUUAUGUUGUGCCUCUGGAGGUGUUAAAUAUCUAAUAUGAAGGUUUCAUAUGGCUCUUAUGUAACCCGCUCACCCAGGCGAUCUCUUAAACAGCAGGAAAUCUAAUUCUUUUUUUAUGCUUCUGCAUUCCACUCGAUGGCCUAAUCUCCUCCAACUGUGAACUGUAUGUCUACAAUAGAGUUAAAAGAGGAUUACUAAAUUUUUUAGUUAAUAGGCAACAUUAACAACACUAUUAAACAGAAACAGUUUGUUUCCAAAACUUUAUGAAGGUUUAAAUCAGAGUAUGGCCAUAUUUUUUAACCACUCACUAAGGACUGAGAUCAAUUCUUACACUACACCUUCUUUAUUUGUUACUUCACCUGGACAUUCAUUUUCUUCCAACAUGGAAAGAAGAGUGCAGUAAUAAUAGUGAUAUCUAUAUUUUACCUGAGCUUUCACUGUGAUUUAGACAAUAUAUUAUAUUGUAUCUAAAUUAAAUUGUAUCCAUCAAGUGGAGGUAGUUUCACAAAGGGUUGAGGUUAUUCCACGGCUCCGUUGAUAACUAAAGCCACCUAGUGGAUGCAGUGAGAACUACACUGAUGUGUUGUAGAGUAAUGCUCGUGUCUUUUAACGUAUUAUUAAUGCUGAAUGGCAUUAAACGGGUGCUAAGAGUCUGAGGUCAUGCAUGAAUUUGUCAAAAAUAUUGAUAGGAUGUCUUGUUGUAAUGUGGUAAGGUUGGUCUAGGUCUCAUGAAGCCACUGUUGUUAAACAUACAGUACAUGGUUAUUUAUCACACAUCUUUCACUCAUGUUUUGCCCAGUAAUCAGUUUAAAACGUGAGAUGCAGGGCAGUGAAAUGGGAAAAAUCUUUAGACUAAUGGCCUUUUUUUUUAUUGCACUACCUUGCAUUUUGUGUUUUUAAAUGCAAAUAUGAAUUCUGUGUGAAUGGCACUUAAGUGUGAAAAAAUAAAAGCACUGUACCGACUUAAAUGUUAAACAGUUGUUAGAAGUGCCAAUAUUUUUUGACUUUUAAAACAGCCAAUUAUGUCUUACACAACAUUCCACGUCAUGUUGGGCAACCUAAUAUUGUUUAUCAGAUCCACAAACAUCACAAAAAUUGGGUCAACCGGCUGUCCUCAACGUGUAUUGCUAAAUAUCAACGUUGUAUUUGCCAAAAAAAAA